GUACUAUUCGUUACCGCAGUUCUGUCCCACGAUUGACAGUAGACCGAACGCUGUGAAUCCCCUGGCUUUGUAAACAUUUAAAUCGCUCUAAUAAUCACUAAAAACAAUUAUUACAAAAAAUAAAAAUAACAUACAAGUAGUAUCAUUUUAUUUCUUCCCUUUGUGUUGUACAUUAGUGUUUUUUUUCUGUUUUGUUUUAAUUUCGAAUCCCUGUGUGAUUAAUUUGUCAUACUAAAGAAGUAUAUAAGCCAAAGAAAAAUAAAAUAAACAGCAAGCGAAGACAAUUAUUCAUUGAGUGUAGAGCAUGACGAAGAAACAUACGUUGGUAUUGAAAUUACGAAGACAUCCAAGUCGCCCUUGGGGUAUUAGAAUUGCUGGGGGUGCAGAUUUAGGCACACCGAUCAUCGUCACCCAUUCUGAGAAUAAUGAUCUCCGGAAGGGUGACGUGAUAAAGAAAAUAGAUGAUUACGAUGCUCGUGAUGUCAGGCACGUGGACGCCCAGAAUUUACUUCAAAACUCAGAGUCUGUAAGACUAGUCGUGGAAAGGUCUGAGCCGUUGUCAAAUCUCGCAUGCAAUCGAUACACUUCACAGUCAUCGAUUGUCGAGUCAAUCCACUCUUCUAACGAGGCAGCGUUCGUUAAUCUGCCUCAAGAAUCACAACCAAAAAUUUUGCCGAAAAGUCCAGUUCCUCCGCUAUUAUCACCUCCUCGUGAAUACAAAACUUAUUCACCUGACCAUUUUGACCCACCACGAGAACAUAUUGAAGAAGUUCGUGAAGAAAGAUAUUAUUUAUCUCAGCCAUACCGUACGACUCCUUUAGUCUUGCCAGGUGCCAAGAUAAAGAAGGAUGCUCCAUUAGGUGAAUGUUAUCUUCGUCAUCAUCCAAAUCCAAUGAUAAGAGCUGCUCCUCAUCAUUACGAGGUUGCUCAUCCUGAGGUGGCGAUGAAACAAAAAGUGGCGGAAUCAGUUUUGCAGCGUGUCUUAGGACCGAAUGAAGUUCCAAAGGUUGUCCAUAAGCAAUUCAAUUCACCGAUUGGACUGUACUCUGAACAAAAUAUCGCAGACACUAUUAAGUGUCAGACUACGGCCAUUCCUGCAAUGAAGCCGGUCAAGUAUGAUCCAAGCAAAAGCGAGGCAUAUAAAGCUCUUCAAGAAGAAGAAAUGGGAUAUGAUGUACAAGAAGUCAGUCAGCCGCCACGUGCUGGCGUUUUUGCACCUCAGAGAGCUCAUCAUCACAGACAAACACAUGCUCCACCAAAAAGUCCUGCUUUGUCACAUGCAAGUGGUUACGACGAUGAUGGCGAAAAAAUUCAUCAAAGCAACAGUUUUAAGAGAAUUAUGUACAGUGUGCUUGGAACAACGGAUUAUUAAAUUAUUAUUCAACCAUUGAUACAAAACCUGUCAUCUUAAAAUAUAUAUUACACGUUAUUUAACUUAAUAAUAUUUCGUUUAACGCAUAAAAAUAAUUACGUUAAUUUUAACAAAUAAUAAGAAUUUUAAAAAAGCAUUAAUUCGAUUAUAUUAUAGAAUCAAUACUAAAUGCAUUACAUGUUUAUCAAAUAAAAAAUAUUUUUGAUGAAAAAUCUAGAUAUUUUUUUCUCUCAAUAAUUUUAUUUAAUUAAGUUUGGGUAAUAUUCAGGUAGAGAGAGUUGUCCACAGUCAGGUAAGAUGAUAUUUUUGCAAAAAUAAAUUUUCAUUUACCACACUUGUAUGAUGUUGGUUUAUUUAACUGAAUUUAUUUAAACAAAAACUAAUCUUUUAUAUAUAUUAUUUUAUAUCUCUUAUACUUAUAUUUUAACUAUUUAUAUAAACUUGUAAUAAAAUUUGAUCCUAAGUUUAAGAGUAUGUUUAAAAGAAAAACACAUAAAAUAAAUACUAAGAAUGACGAAUGCAUGGGUGAUAUUGUUUAUUCUUUAGGUAUAUGUAAGUCAACCUAUAUGCGGCCAAAUAAAUGGUGUUAGUCACUAAGAUGUUGGUUGAAGUUAGUUAGUCUGAAAGCAUACGUCUUAUGAGUAACAUAUUCUUUC